AUUUCAGAUAAUAUGUGUGUUAUUAUCUCCAGAGGACCUGCUUGUCAGUAGGACGGGCACGUUUUAUAGGUAUAUAUUUAACUAUCCUGUCAGUGUCAGUAUAUAGCCGGGGUCGACAAUACGUCACCUCAUUUUACCUGAUCAACGCCAAGGUGGAGACCCGACUUAUUCGGGGUUGGCAACCGGGAAGGACAGCUUGCUUCAGGUUAGCUCUUUACAUUUGGCACACUAAAUUUUUUUUUUCUUAAUAUUUUUUUUUUCCUAUGCGUUCUCCUUUCCUUCUGGAGAACCCGACAAUUGUAGCUGUUCGUCUGUCGAGACGGCCCUGCGUCGCCUGGCCGACCUGUCAACCCGAGCAGCGCUUUGAGCACAAAGCUAAUGUGCAGUGUAACCCUUGCAGACGCAAACGAAGCCAAGAAGAGCGGGUUGUAUGCAUCCUUCUCGCUCGCACCUAGCUUUAUUUGAGCAUGAAACUACUACUGCUAGGUCAAACUGGUGCCGAAGGUGUCCUGCUACCUUGGUGUAGAUUUUCUCCCUUGAAGAUACCCCGGGGUCGCAACAUGCGCACUCCAAACUUCCGCUACACGCGCGCUCAGCUGAUACACGGUUCAAAAGAGGCAAAGGCCGGCUAACACACACACGCAUGAGAUACUAGGAGGGGGAUCAUGGGGAAGAAUAAACUUUGGAACAGAAAUGUCGGAUGUGGAGUUUGUGUGCCAAAACGGAUUUGAGAGGACAGUUGCAGCCAUACUUCUUAUGCAAAAGUUGUGAGCGUUGCCGAGGGUGUGACUCGAUCGUUCGCCAAACAUGGAUUUCGUAACGGAAGCAGACGAUUUGGAAAAGUUUUCGCCAAGCUCAGAUCGGCGCCCUUUCGAAGUGAUCUUGAGAGGCGGCAACCCAUGGGGCUUCACCUUGUCGGGUGGAGAGACAGAAGAUACUCCUCUGCAUAUUUCCCAGAUAGACGACAAAAGCUCGGCUGGCAACUCGGCAUUGUGUGUCGGUGACAUCGUGUUUAGCAUAAAUGGCAUUUCUUGCGGGUCUUCUGCCGCCGCCAAGCAGCUCAUCGACAGCGCCUUUCGCACACUCACCCUUAAAGUGCUCAGAGGUGGCUGGGAUCCUCACCGCGUGCCACUUAGCCAGACCAGCUCCCUGACUUCUGCACCCGAGCGAGGGGCACAGCGCGCUGACGGACGCCCCAAGAGCCGCUUAGCGCACGAUGACAGCGCACUGUACGCACACUCAAAGGCCAGCCAACAGUCGCGUCCAGCCAUGAAGCCAGCCAGGCGUCGUGGAGACAGUUUUCAUGUAAGCAAGACCAAACCUGUACCCAGUUCUGCUUCCUCGGCCCCAACAUGGAUCUCCAACAAUGAUCAGCCAGCCCCUGGGCUUGCUCCUCGUUCUAGUUACCCAGAUGCCUUUGUGCAUCAGAGACAGCUGACAGUGAAAGAUCGUCGAUAUUCUGAUGCUUACCCAAAACUCCAGCAGAGAAGUGAACGACAUAUGGUGCCCUCAAAGUCUUCUCCUAAUCUUAAGAAAGCUGAAAGUCAGGGAUCACUGGAACAGGAGAGGGAAACUGCCUUGUCGCCAUCAGUCAAGUCAGUCAAAUCCAGCCCAAAUAUUCCCGAAGAAGUAGAGAAGGAAAGCUGGAGCUAUUUGGGAAGAUCACCUUUGCGAGAGGAGCAGAUCCUGACUAGAUCUGCUGGUGACUAUGGGUGGGGCGGAUUUAACAGCUGUGAUGAUCCUAAAAUCAGAGACAAGAUUUACUCUGAGGAUAUGUACACUUCUGACAUGAUAGCAGGCAAUGAAGCAAAAGUUUUGCCUUCACAAGCAUUACACAAGUAUGAAGCAGACUAUGAAAAUGUUGCAUUGUUAGGAACUGCUCCUUUGCAGAGUGAGAAAAUCUCAGAAAUAGAUGACAUUGAGGAUGCCUCUGACAGUGAAGCUCCUGAGGUACCACCCAGGCCUUCUUAUGUAGAUUCUGAAAAUCCAGACUCCUUUCCACCAGCACCUCCAGUUCGUGAUCCAUCUAGUCUAAAGUACAUCCGUGUGAACCAGAACCACGAAAAGUACCCCUCAUGGCCUGUGACACAGCCUAAUGCAGUAUCAAACCAUUCACAGCCCAUAAACACUCGUGCGCAAUCAUGGACUGACCAUACAAAUACAGGCAAAGAAUUUCCUAGCAAGCAGCGCCUAGCCUACACACCAGGCCUUCGGCCAUUACCAGAGAAGAGCCCAUCUACUUCUGAGAGUAAGGGAGAUGACUCCUCGGGAAAAGCACGCAACAGCAGUGACCCUGGCUUCAAAAGUGAAUUUGUGUAUGAUAAGUAUGGGCGUGUUGUGCAGAGGAAAAAAGCAGACAAAUCUGGACGAUUUGAAGAAUUUUAUCACAACUCCAAACCUGGUUAUCCACCACCAAAGCUGGAUUCAGAUGGACACAACUUUGGAGAUAAGGAAUACAGUGCACCUUCACCACCUGAACGUGACAUGGCUGGUAUAGACCAGCAAGCACUUUCGCAGGUAUUGUUGGGAACAAUGUCAGACAAAAGGCCACCAAUCAGAUUACAUCGCCCCCACACACAGCUUAAGGAGGUUCAAGGCCAGUCUACUAUGUAUUCUUCAGCACAGCAGCAAGUGCCACAGCCAUUGGGUCCUGUUGGUCCAGUUGCCAGUAACCGAGGCAUUUCCGCAAGUCAUCCUUACUCAGCUCACCCGGAGGGCAGGCGUCCUGUAUUCCACUCCAUGCCUGCUGCUACUUCACAAGCAGAUCAUAGCAGGCGUGUAGACAUGGCAACAAGCCCUCUUAAAGGUCCCCAUGAAACACUUUCCAGUAUUGGAGACUACCCCAAAGGUUCAUCUGGCAUGUUGUCAGCAGCAGUCACUGAGAAGGAAUCUGUACAGUCUGGCAGCAGGUAUGCAAGUAAAGCAUACAUAGUUCGACAGACUCCAUAUUAUAAUACGAGCACACAGACUGACGUUCAGUCAUACGCUGUAAAGAUUGCAGAUCCAAAUGCCAGACAGUGUAAUGUGGAGAUUCAAGUUGGUGAAUAUGGUUGUCAGACCUCUCCCCGGAAGGAGUUUGAAGAAAAAUCUAUCCAAGCCCGGAUGUCACGAGAGUUUCAGCCCACAGAUUUGGAUUCUAGUCAAGAAAGACAUGCGGAGGAAAGCCAUAAAAAAGGUUACUUUCGUUUUCAGUUCGAAGGCAUUCAAAGCAUCAAGGACAAGUAUGCCACAGAUGAAGACAGUGCACAUGUCCCGGAGUUGCCUGUUUUUUCGCAUUUCAACAAAGGGUCUGAUGACCAAGCUUCUAUUAUGAGAAAGUUGUCAGAAGAGUUCUAUGGUAACAAGCUUGGCCUGGCAUCAGACAAACGCCAUUCCUCUGCUUCAUCCCAAGAACACUCACCAAAAUUCAUGGACUCCUUUCAUAGUGGCACCAUGAGUCAAGCAGAAUCAUACACCAGUGUUGUUAUUCAUCCAUCUGAAAGUUCUGCUCCAUUUGGGCGGGAUGACUUUGGUUCACAGCUCAGUAUCACAGACUCAAAGCAAGAUUUAUCUUCUUUAGCUUCUAGUUCUAAGAGCAGUUUGCGAGACUUAGCACCACGAGGGCGGGGAAGCUUUGAUUCUUUUGUCUUCUCACAUACACUCAUGUCGCAACCACUGCAAGAGUCAAAAAAGUAUGGUUCUCUGUCGUCAUUUCAUCACCAACGUGAGACCAGUGCACCCUCGCUGGGUCACUUUCCAGCACACUCUCAGGAAUCCGUUCACUGCAUGCAAAGUUCUGUUUCCACCGAUUCAAAAUUGCGACAAAGUGACUUUCACAGAAGUAGCUCCAGUUCAAUAUCAGAGUCUUCCAGUCAGUCUCAUCCUAAAAGCCCUUUGUAUACACAGGUAUCUGGCAACACACACUAUGGUAGUGGCCAUAGAGAAUUUGGGCAGGUACCAGAACUGCAUACUAAGACAAGUGUUCAUCAUCCUACACUUGACUCCUUGGACUCUGUAUUCACAGAUGAAAAUGUGCCUGAAAGAAGGGAGGGAGUUUCAUCUUCCAAAAGUGAAACAACAGAUCUGCUAAACAGAAGGAUCUCCAUGAAAAAGGCCUUUGGAAUAUUUGAUGAUGCAGAAAGAGUGUUAUCCACAGGUCAAAAGGAAAAUGUGAUAAAAGGUAGAAAUCCUCCAGUAGAAGGAAGUCAUGUGCAAAAGUUGCGCUCUUCUAUUAGUUCAGAUACAAAGCUUCUGGGACAGAUUAGAGAAGUGAAUGAAAAUGAUGCUUUGUCUGUGAAUGAUGGUUCAGAUUCCAGACAACGGCAGGAUAGCUGGCGAGAUGAACUUGAAAGGAGAACAGGUUACAUGAAACGAACAUUCCCAGAACAAGUGCAUGAUAGGAAUGAUAGAAUGCACCAGGGUUCUACCCGCCGACAGAGAGUCUUUGAUGCAAGUAUUGACUCUGGUGUGGGGUCAGAGAUUUCAUCCAGGGCAGAUUACUGCAUUACCUCUUCCAUUUCAGCUGAUGCCAGAGACCUCAAGAAACAGCAGGACCCUCUAGGGAACUUUGUUUACAUGGCAAGCAAGUCACCUGACUCUUCGCAUGAAUCUGCUUCCCAUUCUUCUGAAUCUGUGUCUGACUUGAUUUCUAAAACAAAUGAAAAUCUAGCCAAGAGGGCUGACAGCUUUCGUCGGUCAAGCACUUCAUCCUCACGAAACUCAGUUUCAGAUUACACGGAUGUGAGCCGACAGGAACGUUCUCGGAAAGAAACUGAAUGGAGUCGCUUGCGAAGUUCAGGAUCAUUUCUGUAUGGUUCAGAUACCACUGAGCGACCCUCAAAUCGUAGUUCCACGAGUUCAGAGAAUGCCUAUGAGGAUAUCAGUGUGUUUUCAACACCUACACCACAUGGAUCUUUGCUGGAAAUCACCAAAGAACUGGAAGCUAAUACAAGAGGUGACAAGCUGUCAGCAAAAGCCGAUGAGAACAUUGGUGGGAAGCAGACAGCUCAGUUGUUAGAGGACUGGGGUGUACCCACAUUACCCAAUAUAUUUCUCCCAGUUGAUCAUAAGAGAUAA